AUCAGUGUCGAAUUUGGAAAUGAUGAGUCACGCCAUCAACGUCUCUGUCCAUGGUGGUGGUGAACAUACAAGGAAGAACAACACAAUUCCCAAAACUUGUAAUCCAGAGGCCCUAGAACCUAUGUGGAUGUACAUGUCCUCUGCUGCUAGGAUCGUGGGAUUCGUCACCGUAGCGGUCGUUAUGCUUUGCUCGUAUCAAUGCGAUGGUGCAAAGGGAAAUCAAAGAAAGGGACACAAAGUGAAUGUCAGUGCGCUACCAUCCCCAUGGUCGAGAGGCCCCUCACACGUGGCGGCCCCCCCGCCCGGGCCGAGAGCGAUCCCCUCUGCCCCGCCAUCUCGUUUAUCUGCACCGAAAGACCCGCGACCCAACAUCACCAAAGUGGAGCAAGGUGAAGGAAGACAGCAAGAGAAAGAGGAACGCGGCGGAGGAGGGGCCCCGGAGGUCGGAGGACUGUUCGGAAUAUGCAGCUAUUCGUGUGGCGUAAACACGCAACAACCACAGGUGAUGUGGGGUAAUGUCAGUCCUGAUGUGUGCUAGAGUGUAUUUUUAACAUCUUCAAUCGGAGUCGGUGGCCGAGAGCUGAAUGUCACAGACACGAUGAGAAGUCCUCAGUCCUCAGAGUCUGUAGAGCUAAAGCGUGUUCUGCCAAACUAAAUGGAUUGUUACAGACUUUUUGCAAACUGUCUACAACUAGUGUGGUUUUGUUUGCGAUCCUGCUUUGCGAUGUUUGUUAAAAAACUGUGACUUCACACCUUGAAAUGACUCUUGGGAGUGACACCACACCUGAUAACAGUUAUGCUUCCAUGAGUUUUCAUCCUGUAUCAAGUCGACUGUAUGAAUGUAAACAUGAGCUUUGUCUGUACCUUCAAAAUAAGAGAAUGUAAUAAUAA